UAUACAAGGGCGCAUUUUUGCAACAUGGCCAGGCGGUGCAUAUUUUGCACCAUUGCUCGUGGAGAAGAGCCCAAGACAACGCUUCUUCAUGAGGAUGAGAGAUUUGUGGCAUUCCAAGACAGGAGUCCAGGAGCUCCCCACCACUACCUCAUCAUCCCCAAGGAACACAUAGGAAACCCUGCAACUCUCACUAAUAAAGAUAUACCAUUAGUUGAGUCCCUGGCCGAGGUUGGGAACAAAGUCCUACAGGAGCAGGGAGGGAACAUGGAGGACAAGAGACUGGGCUUUCACUGGCCUCCGUUCAACAGCAUCAACCACCUCCACCUGCAUGUGUUGUCCCCCACCAGUCAGAUGGGCUUCCUGUCCAGACUUAUAUACCGCCCUGCCUUCUAUUUUGUGACGGUAGACAGUCUGCUACAGAGACUACAGGCCAUGCCUGUAGAUCAGCCUGUAGCCCCUUCAUCUACACCCCAACAACCACCUGCAACUAAACCUGAGGGAGAGCAGUGAUAGCACAACAUGUUUCCCUCUGUAGAUAGGUAGUCAUAACAAUGUGGUAAUUCAUCCUUGGACUUCUUAAGAAUUAGAACAAAUACAUGUAGAAGGAACCCCUGACAGAUGCAGUGUGGUUGAGAAUCUAUAAACAGUAAUUGUAAUAAUAACUUAAUUGCAAAUCUUUGCCUAUAGGCUAUUUGAUGCAGUGUGAUUGAGAAUCUAUCAACAGUAAUUGUAAUAAUAACUUAAUUGCAAAUCUUUGCCUAUAGGCUAUUUGCAAGUGUUCAUUAUAAAGAAAGGUAUAUAAUAAAGGUAAAGACAUUGUAAAGGUAUUGUGUCAACACUAUCAUAUACAAAUGUAGAUUGUGUACAGUAAUAUUCCAUCAGAAUUUUAAAAAGUUUCUUCUCAGCAAGAUAACAACACUAAUAAUGAUUAGUGGUUUAAGUCUACUUCUAAUUUUAAGUUUACUCUUUUAAAUUAAGUCAAUGUUAACUAGAAUUGAGAACAGGCUAAAGCCCACAAGGUGAAUGACAUUUUGAAAAGUUGAUACUAGUUUAACACCUGUUAUGUUAAUCCUUCCACAAAUGUGUUCAAUCUCAACAGAUAAAUAAAAAAAUACAAAUGUGUGGGAGUUACAUGAUUGUAUGUCUUAUGAAUUUUAACUUUACCUUGUGGCAUGUUCAGUGUUUACCCUCCUCUCCCUCUAUCUGAAACCAAUCCUGACUGUCCAUCACAAUUAGCAGUUCAACCAAUGAAAGCAUGGCAAUUAGCUGGUUGACCAAUGAGAGAUGGCUACAUGUCUAUCAAAUGUUUACAUUUCUAUGUGUGUACCUUUGAACACAAUCCAAUAAAGUAUAGUGUAUUUUG